UUCUCUCUCUCCCUUCAGCUUCCUUAGGAUUUUGUUUCUCAGGGAUGGCCGCAUCUAUUCUGGAGGUAGGGAAUGUGAUUGAAGACGCACGCUAUGGCUCCAGUCCUCUGGCUAUGUUAACUGCUACCUGUAACAAGUUCGGCAGCACAAGCCCCAUCAGGGAUUCAGCUACACCCGGUAAGCUCGGCAGCGCUACUCCAGUAAAGAAGCAUUACAUCAUGACCUCUGACCUUCAGUCAUCUAAGAACGGGCGCACCGCAGACGGCAGCGGCCUGGCGGACUCCUACACUGGCUCCUUCACCACAGCAGGAGGAGGAGGAAGCGGGUUGCUUACCCCCAAUGGAAGCCCCCCUCAAUCUGCCGGAGGCUACACUUCAGAGUAUAACCCUUUCUCCCACUCCUUCCAAACCUCCAUCUCCCAGGAUCCGUCUCUUUUAGUGUCCAAGGCCCACGCUACGGUCGACUGCCUCACCAGUGUCUAUACCUCGCUGGAUAUGACACACCCCUAUGGCUCUUGGUACAAAGCAGGUGUCCACCCUGGCAUUACUGCUGCUCCAGCUAAUGCCACAUCCUCCUGGUGGGAUGUCCACCCCAACUCCAACUGGCUGUCAUCAUCUCAGAACCAGGCAGAUGGCGGUCUCCAGGCCUCCCUGCAGCCUGUGGCCCCUCAGGCCUCCCUCAGCCCGCAGUUGUCCAGUUACAGCACCGACUUUACACAACUCAACCCAGCUCAGUACUCCUCUGUGGGGCUGAGCUCCUCCUCACACCUCCUCCAGCCCUCUCAGCACAUGCUGCCCCAGGACAUGUACAAGCCCAAGCCUGUGCAGAGCUCAGGGAUGAUUGAGAAUCCCAUGGGUCUAAAACCUGCAAGGGGAUCGGGGGGCUAUAGUGGAGGGGGAGCCCCCACCAGGUCCUCAUGUGACUGCCCCAAUUGCCAGGAGCUGGAGCGGCUCGGGGCCUCGGCUGCAUCCCUGAGGAAGAAGCCUGUCCACAGCUGCCACAUCCCAGGCUGUGGAAAGGUCUACGGCAAGGCGUCCCACCUCAAAGCCCAUCUGCGCUGGCACACUGGUGAGCGGCCCUUUGUUUGCAACUGGCUGUUCUGCGGGAAGCGCUUCACCCGCUCGGACGAACUGGAGAGGCACGUGCGCACCCACACACGAGAGAAGAAGUUCACAUGUCUACUGUGCAACAAGCGUUUCACACGCAGCGACCACCUCUCCAAGCACCAGAAGACCCAUGCAGAUUCUGCAAUGCAGGGAAAAGCUGUAGCUGGGGAAGGAGAGACAGACCCUCGGAGCGAGGAGACCACAGAGCUCAACACCAGCGCCGUACCCGCCAAUACUGUCGUUGACCAGAUCAGCAACGGAGAGGAGAAGACUGGCACACCUAAUGGAGUGGAGAACAGCAGUGGACUGUUGGAGAUCUGACUUCAAGUGGUGUACUUGUCUUUAAUGGUGGAAAAUAAAUCACCUUUUAAAUUAAAAGAAAAGACAGUAUUUUGUUUCAAGACAUUCAAAGGAUGUGUUUGAAAAGACUUGAUAUGAUAAAUGACUGAGCAUGUUACAGGUAGCAAUCACUUCGUUUUCUCUGUACCACACACGCACACAUAAGAAUAUGAGCAAGCCUGCAAACAAACACCAAUGCAGGAAGACACAGAUACACACAAAUAUAAGAAACCAAGCCAUGACGUAUAUUGAAACCAGUAUAACUGUGCACAUACACAAAAUUAACUAUGAGCAAAUGUGCCGGCAUAUAUAAUGCAUAUACAGUAUAUAUGCACACACACACACACACAUACACACACAAGUAAACACACAUUUUCUGUCUUUCAAAUGAGACAAACCACUAGGGAAAUUUAAUCUGCGAGAGCAGAAGGAAAAGAGCUCUGAAGCCGCAAAAGGAAAGUCGUUUUAAAAGGAGACUUAUGGUUAGGAUGAUGGAGCUGAUGGAGUAUUGCAUGCCUAGAGAAAAAUCUGAUUUACAGUUGUACUUUGAUACUUAUUCAUUAUUCUUGAAACAAUCAAUGAACAGGCUUUCUUCUUGUUCUUCUUGUUGCCAAAGAUGUUCUGAUGUAAAAGGUUUUCAUUUCUCUUUUGUUUGCUUCAUAAUAUGUCUAAUUUAAUUUCAUAUUUACAUAAACAAUCUAAUUUAUGUCUUAAAUUAUACACACGAAAGAUUAUCUUAUCCUGCACCCUGCGGGAAAUAUAAUGCCUGAAAUAACGCAAGAUGGUUAAAGCUGGCCAAAAAGAGAAGAAAAUGCAUUAAAUUAAGACUUUUUUUCUUAUUUAUUAGCGAUAACAUUGAGUUUGGGGUUCUGUUUUUAAAGAUUUAUUUAUAGAUCUUGAAGUUAGAUGUGCGUGUAAACUAUUUCUGUAUAAUCUUUUAAUUUUGAAAUAUUCCACACCUGGCAAAGUAACUAAGAAAAAGGGUUUCUACUUUUUAACAUGAACUAUAUAUUUACAAAAAUAUAUAGAUAUUGUUAGGUGUGUUAUUUUUCUACUUUUUUCUAUAUUUUGUGUAACUUUCCACAAUGAAUCCCUAGAGUAUACAAAACAUAAACAUUAAUGCUAAUUUGUCGUUUAUGAUUCUGCUCAUUGUAAAAUUGAACUACCACUGUUUUCUGAUUUGUUGUGAAAUGAGUGUAAGACCGGUAAUAAUGAUAAAGCUUUAACCCUCGUAA